AUGGAUUCAAACAAUUCAAACAACCUCAACAAACUUUUUUGGGAGGUGAUUGAAGAAGAACUUAUGGACAACACAGAUGAAGAACUAUUGUUGUCAAUGCUCGAGAAGGAACGUCAAUCUAGAAGUUCAUUAAGGCGAAAAAGAAGAUCAGUGAUAGAUCGGAAUCGUGAAGAAGGGCAUAUACGAUUAUUCAACGACUACUUCUCAGAAAAUCCAGUAUACACGGACGCCCAAUUCCGUAGAAGGUUCAUAAUGCAUAGGCAUUUGUUUCUUCGAAUUGUAGAAACCCUUGGAAAUCAUGAUGAAUAUUUUCAAAUGAGGGUCGAUGCAACUGGUAAAAUGGGUCUUUCACCAUUGCAGAAGUGCACUUCUGCUAUUCGUAUGUUGGCAUAUGGAUCUUCCGCUGACAUUGUAGACGGAUAUGUUCGAAUUGGUGAAAGCACUGCAAUUGAGUGCUUAGAGAGAUUCGUAAGGGGCGUGAAUGAGGUAUUUGGGGCUGAGUAUUUGAGAAGGCCUAAUAACAAUGAUGUUGAGCAUCUUUUACAAAUGGGGGAGUCACGAGGAUUUCCAGGACAAUUUUGUCGAGGUGAUCAUGGUAAACCCACGAUCAUGCUUGAAGCAGUGGCAUCACAAGACUUAUGGAUUUGGCAUGCAUUUUUUGGUAUUGCAGGUUCAAACAAUGACAUUAAUGUGCUAAACCAAUCUAAUGUGUUUAACGAUAUUUUGGAAGGACGUGCUGCUACUGUGCAAUAUACAAUCAAUGGGAAUCCAUGUAAUAUGGGGUAUUAUUUAGCAGAUGGUAUAUAUCCCGAGUGGGAUACAUUUGUCAAGACCAUUUCAAUGCCGCAAGGAGAAAAGAGAAAACUAUUUGCACAACACCAAGAAUCAGCUAGAAAGGAUGUGGAACGUGCAUUUGGAGUGCUUCAAUCUCGAUUUGCAAUAGUACAUGGUCCAGCGCGUGCUUGA